GCUAGCGCAUCUAGGUUCAAACCACGGGUUUUGUUAGAAAUCAUGGUCGCUAGAGUAAGGAAUGUCCAUAAAGCAGCCCAAUGAGAUGAAAAUCCACAUUCAAAUCGGGCAGUUGCGAUAUCUCGCGACUCCUCACCAAAAUUUUCUCCUUCCAAUUAAAUACCAUUUUCGCAGCAAUACAAUGGACGACGAGGAGCAGCUUGAUGUUGGCAUGUUUGAGGAGCCAGCGGAUUUUGCGCCGCCCAAGCCUCCUACAGUGGCUUACCACGAGAUGAAGUCUGGCCACAAGGUCCCCAUCCAUCUCGUUGGUUUCAACCUGCGCGAAGGUCACUACCUGUGGAACGGUGCGCGCUACAUAUCUAAUUGGUUCGAGGACAACGUGUCGUCCAUCAAGGACAAGACAGUCUUCGAGCUCGGCGCUGGAGGUGGUCUUCCAAGCAUCGUAGCCGCAAUCCUAGGUGCAAAGAAGGCAGUCUGCACGGAUUACCCAGACAGGGAAUUGAUCGAGUUCAUCGAAAAGAACAUCGCCGAGAGCAGUACUCUUAUCCCGGAGCCUAAAGACAGAGUGGUUGCUGAGGGCUAUGAGUGGGGACAGAGUCCGAAGCCUGUUCUCGCUCAUCUCGAUGAGCAAGGGCGAAGUGAUGGGUUCGAUGUGCUGGUUCUCGCGGAUCUCCUAUUCAAGCACCCCCAGCAUGAAAACAUGAUCAGGACGAUCGAGAUGACGCUUAGCAAGAAGCGGGACAGCAAGGCGCUGGUUUUCUUCACGAGUUAUCGUCCAUGGCUGCAGCAGGCUGAUCUGGCGUUCUUUGAUCGUGCGAGAGACCACGGAUUCAAGGUCGAGAAAAUCUUCGAGCACAGGCUCGAGAAACCCAUGUUUGAAAACGACCCGGGCGACUUGGACGUUCAAAAGUUGUGCACAGGGUGGGAGAUCAAGUGGCCCGAGGAGAAAUGCUCUGCCUAGAGGUUUGGAAUAUGAGAACUACGAGGGAAACAAUGGCUUCAAUGAGAAACGAUACAAUGCAUGUUUAGGAAAGGGCACAGAUCAUUUCGAGCAUGACAUGCUUGCAGACAAAGGACGCCUCGAUCGUGUGAGACGAUAUCAUACAAGGCAUGACAUUACGUGCGAGGCAUGGUCUUAGCGGAGUGAUGUCAGACCUAUGUUCGCAACGGGGCCGUAAUGGUCUCUACAUACAGUAUCAACGAUUCUUGUAAUCUAACCAAUUCCCGACGACGUGGCGCGACAAGGGCUUUCCCCUGACCCCAUACUCGUUCCCAGCUAAGACGUGGAACCGACAUG